UCCUUUUCUCGUAAUCUUUACGCUGCAGUAUUCUAAGCUGCAACGCUCGACCUCUAUAAUCGAAUGGCAGCCCCAAAAAUUAAGCCUCUGCCGCCCGUUUCGGUUCAGUUCCUUGGGACAAGCAGUGGAGGUGGACCAAUACAGAGUAGGAACUGCUCCUCCUUGGCAGUCGAUUUUGGCAACGAGAUAUGGCUCUUUGACGCUGCCGACGGCACAUUGAACCGACUGCAUCAGUCGUCUCUCAAAUUGGCCAACAUUUCUCGUAUCUUCAUCACUCACCUCCAUGUCGACCAUGUUCUAGGGCUUGUGCCUGUUUUAACCACUAUCAUGAAUGGCACGAUGGCUACUGAAGAGGCGACUCAAAAGAUCAAGGAGCUUGGUUUGAAGAAACAGCCGACUUUCCAUUUGUAUGGACCAUCAGGAUUAAGGAACCUGGUCAGGACCAUAUUGAACAUCACAAAAGCAAAUAUCUCUGGGGCAUUCGCCAUCCAUGAACUGCUACAAGACGGUGAAGGACCUUCAGCAGGUUGCCGUGAAGAUGAAAUACAUCCAAACGAGGCAGUCGGGAUGGAUAUGCGAGCCGAUGAGGAUGGCGUUUGGAAGAUGGUGCUUCAAGAGGGUAACGGGAAGAGCGGGAAAGGAUGGAAAGUCAGCGCUGGUCCAAUACACCAUAGAGUACCAUCCUUGGGCUACGUCCUCCAAGAGCCGACGCCUCGCCUUCCGUUAGACACCGCAACCCUCAUACCUUUGCUACAGUCCAACUCAGAGGCUUUGUCUGCCCUUAAUCCUCCGGUUAAGCACCCUUUAUCUCUUCUAUCACACCUUACAUCUCUCCCGCCUCCGCCUCCUCUCACGCUCCCCUCCGGGGACAUCAUAUCCCCUCCAGAGCCCUCUGGCGUCCUCCCACGCAAGAUAGUUGUAUUCGGAGACUGUUCUGGAGGGACAAAGAAUCAUGUUUUCAGAUCGAUGUGUGAAGAUCCAAGUCUCUUGGUGCAUGAAUGUACCAAUGCGGCGAUACCUCAAGCCAUACAGAGAGAAGAGAAAGGACAAAAGGCUCGCACAAGGGAUCUAGAACCAAGUUUGAUGCUUUCCCGAGGCCUGUCAGCCGGACAAUCUACCUGUUCUUCAGGGUGUAGUUCAGCUAAUCCUCCUUCUACCCCCAAUGGGUUCCAUGCGCGGAACGGGGAUAAGGAAAAUGCGGAUGAGGUCAAGAGAAAUGAAGUUAAGAAGAAAGCUCAAAGUAGAGGACAUUCAACUCCUGAUGAGGUGGGAGAGUUUGCGAGGGAAAUCAGGGCACGGAGAGUUGUUAUCAACCACUUUUCCGCCAUGUUUCCAUCACCGAGAUACCCAACAGCUGCGGCUCUUCCAUCAAUUCUUUCCUCGAUUUGCUCAUUUCCAUAUCCUGUUCCUCGUCCUCUUCCACAUACUUCCCUCCCGCCACCACUUCCCAUCUCACUCACUUCAAAAUAUCCUAGCGAGUUGCACGUGCGCGUAAUCAUGCAGUCGUUGGCCGACCAGAUAUUAGAAAAAUGUGCCUCAUUUUCGCUUUCUGAUGAAGAUCUGGAUAAACCGCCGAGAGGCAAAACAGGGAUGGUGAUCCCCGCCAGAGAUUUUAUGUGCCUCCCAAUACCAUCUCAUGAGCUCAGUGCUUUGGAGAUUGAGGAUGUCCGGUCAUACAAAGAAAUAGCGGACAAGGUGACGGAGGAAUGGAAGAAGCAUGGGGGCAUCUGGAUUAAAAAUGGUGAGGAAGAAUGGAUAGGAGUCGAAAAGGAAGUGAAGAAGGCGGGAUGGAGAUUUAAAAAGGUGGUGAAGGAAAGAGAUGAAUGGGUGGCCGAUAAAGCAGAGGAGGAUAGCAAUGGCAAUUAGAAGCUACAUAUAAUCAUGUAUAUCAAGACUUGUAA